AUGGCGGUCUUCGAGUUCGUCGGUUUCCUGCUCAUCGCCAUUUUGGCGCUGCACGUUGACCUCGAGCCGUUCCUCGUCUUCCGCGUAGCCCUGCGGCGACAAGGGGCGCGAGGGCUGGAUGGCCUGGGCCCGUUCCAGUCCUGCACCUCAGCGUGGUGCUUGAGUGGCAUCGCGGGCGCGAUCGGGUUCGCUACCGCGUUGGCUAAGCAGGACGCAGUAUCGCAGUACACAGACGAGAUCAGUUCCAGUCGUUCCAUGUCGGGUUUUUCUUCCAGGACCUGGAGCAGGUGCGCCAGCUGCAAAACAUGCGAAUGGAAUCACAUCCUUGAGGGCAACGGCCGAGUUUGUCAGAAGUGUGGGCAGCAAGUCCGCCUCCACAGAGCCAGGUCCAAGUCCCCCAAGAGUGUCUCCUUCGAUAUCGGCAAGAACCAGCUGCUGAAACCUGGGAAGUCUAUUCUGAAGGGAUCUGUCGCACAGGGCACGACCAAGGCUCCAUCGGUGAAGGAGCUCCUGGUCAAUGCCAUCGCCGCUGCUACGGACCCGAAGCUGCGCGACACCCUGCAGGCGGAGUUGCCCAAGCUCGAGGGUGAGCAGCAGGAGCCCGCUACCUCGGAGGCGACGAACCAGGAGGACUCGGAGACCAAGGAGGCCAAGGAGGUUCGCGCUGCGGCUGUCAGAGCCGAGGCCGAGCGCCUAUCCCGAGCCAAGUUCGUCGCGGCCGAGGCCAUGGGCAAAGGGGAGUCGGCCAAGGCCAACCCAGAGGGCUCCAACAUCGUGAGUGGGCUUUACGCGUCUUGGGCGCAGGCUUUGUUCGACGGGGUCCUGGGGGUCAUCCGCGAGGCCAUUCGUGAUUCGGAGGCCCUUCCUGAGCUCCAGGUUCACGACCUUCGGCAGGCCCUCAGAGGAAUGCGGCCCUCGACGGGGCUGGGCGUGGACAAGCUCACGCCGUGCGACCUCGAGAGGACCCCCACGUCAUGGGAGCCGCCUGGAGAUUUCAAAUGGGAAUUCCCAGAUGAGAACUUCACGGGCAUUCCAGCGUUGGAUAGCUUCAAAGAGUUCAUUGACGAGGUGAAGGUCUGGAUACGUACUCUCUCCGACGACUACUCCAACAGCUCCGAGGUGCGCGACCUGGGGGACCGCGUCUUGCAGGCCUCGUCGAGCCGCGGCAGGCCGUACGAGAUGCUCCCGGUGACUUCGAAUUCAAAUAGUAUUUGGACCCCCGACAUUGUCAUUAUGAACCAGGUGGCCGAAUUGGACAACAUGUUCGCGACGGAGAACUCCCCAAUCAUCGUAGCGGACGACGCGUUCAGACGGAAGUUCAGAUACAAUGUCAUUUGGCAGCGAUAA